AUGCCGGGUGAUACCUUCUCCUUGAACGAAGGUACCAAUCUAAGCGGAAAGCAACCCUUGUUUGAGCUGAAAGAUAUGUCUACUCCACCAGUUACUCCUAAUCCUACAACAUCAUCAACAACGCAAAGCAAGAGGGAAUUAUUGUCUGCACAUACUAACUCUAACUCGAUACAUUCUACUUCUGCAAUCACCACAACAAGCGUGGAAAUACAACACGAACCGAGCCGAGACAACAAUAAUCACGGAGAUGCUUCUCAUAAUACUCAAAACAACAUCAUACAUUCAUCCAUGAACCAUACAAAUAAUAACAACCAACAACAACAGCCAACAAUUCAAAACACAACAACAAAUCAACAACAAACAGUAGUCCAUGUACCUUCUUCAUCAACAACAGCCUUUCCCGGUAAUAUUGUAGAAGCAGCACAUGAAGAAGAUGAUGAUGGAAGCAACUCAGAUGCGCAUCUCAAACAUUCAUCACGGCUCCGACGAUUUCUCUCUCUUAUAUAUUCCAAAUCUUCUUCCUUCUUGUUGGGGUAUAGAUUUGUAAACUUUCCAGGUUUGCGAGCACACAAUAGCAUUAAGGAUCCAUACGAACGACUAUCCAUCGCAUACUAUUCUGUCUACUUUGUCUUUUACCUCUUCUUUUCGAUAUCAAUGAUCAUUCAACAACUCAUACGUUUUAAAACCCUUUCCCUUCUCUAUAUAUUAGAUGCUACUUUCUCUCUGGUUGGAUUCAUUCUCUUCCGUUCUCCUUUUCCCCAUGCCUAUCUCUAUGUUUUUCUUGCCUACCUGUUCUCUGUUCCUUUUGUCCUAAUUAACCUUGUUUCUUCUUCCAUUGACACCAACUCCAUCCUUUCACUAUUAAUUUUCCAACAAAACGACUUUGUUGCUUAUCAACAUCUAAUUCUAGCCACUAACCUGAGAGUAAUCAUAUUUCCAACAAUAUUUGCAGCCAUUGGUCUGUCUAGUACUAAAACAUUGAUAGUAGCCAUCAUUGGUUAUAUACUAGCUUUCAUACAAUUUGGAUGGCUGGGAGGUAUAAUGCAAGGUCUAAAGCUAAAUUACGGGGAUUACUUUUGUGAUAUUUUGUUUAUUUCAAUACCCUAUGUCGUUGCUAUAUUAAUUUUAAACAAUAUGCAUCAAGCAUUUAGAUCCCAGAUCAAAGAAGUAGAAACAAGACUUUCUAACAUGCUUAAUAUCACAAAUGAGGCAAUAAUCAUUCAAAGUAGAAGGAAAAAGAAAAUUAUUUACGUUAAUCUUGCCUUUGAAAGAAUGUUUGGGUAUGAACAUGAUGAAAUUGUCCAUGCCAACAAGAAUAUACUGGAUUUGUUAGUAGGCCCUCCAGUAAUAGCAACUGAUGAAUGGACGCUAUGUAAAGCAAGAACGAAGCUUGGAGAUAGAUUUGGAGUUGAGGUUACUCACAAAGUGGAUUUCUUAAGUUCUAAAAAGGUCGAUGUUUUUAUUGUAAGAAACAACGAGCUUAACGACCAAGUGAGGCUGAUGAAUGAGAAGGCCAGACAGGCUCAGAUUGAGCUCCAGAGUAGAACGACAUUCUUUAGCAUGAUUUCUCACGAUCUAAAGAAUCCAUUGAACUCCAUAUACUUAAUCGCUCAAAAAAUGCACGAAGAUUUUAUGAGCCAACAAGCUGUUGAUUUCCACGAAGGACUGGAAUGGAUGAAUAUGAUUCUUUCUAGCUGUCAUAUUUUGAGUAAUAUUAUUCAAGAUGUACUUUCUUCUUCAAAAUUGGAAUCAGGAACCGUGGAAUUGGACCUUUCCAACUUCGAUUUAGUGUACUCGAUAGAAGAAAUUAUUUCUAUCAACAGUGUUACAGCAUUCAAGAAAGGUAUUGACGUAGGACUUGAAAUUGAUAUCAAGCGAGGAUCAAAACACAGAGUACCAAUUGUUGUUAAAGGAGAUGUUCACAAAUUCCAACAAAUUUUGACAAAUUUGAUGGGAAAUGCAAUCAAGUUCACUCAUACUGGAUCUGUUACAGUCUCAGUUGAUGUUCAAGAUGAGACAGAAAACGCUGUUAAGGUGUUUGUUGUCGUUUGUGAUACAGGUAUUGGUAUCCCCAAAGAAAAACAAAAAGAUUUGUUUAAAGUUUUUUCGCGACUUAAAAAAGAUAAGGAAUAUGAAGGUAGUGGACUUGGCUUGAGCAUUUGUAAAAAUCUCACAAAUCUGAUGAACGGAGACAUUGGCUGUUACAGCAAUGGCGAAUCGGGAAGCAACUUUUGGUUUACCGUUACAUUCCAAAAAGCAUCAAGAGGAGAGGAUUAUGACAAGAUUGUUGAACGAGCCGAAAAACGUUUGCCUCUUACAGAAGAAUCUAAGCUAAUUGAAGUCAAGGAAAAACUUAAUUCCAAUUAUCCUUCUUCUACUUGUCUUGUCAUUUACAAAGAACCCAAGAUUAGAAAUAUUCUCACCAAUUACAUGAGAGAGACUUUUGAUGACCAAGUUGUGUCCAUGGAAAAUGAUGUAGACACCAUGUUUGUGAGUGCAGAAUCACUAGAAAACAUAACAGAGAGAUUCCUUCAUAAUUCUUCCCCAAACAUUCAUGAAUGGAAUGUUCAAAAACCAAUUUCUUUCAUUAUCCUAGACGAUUCUUGUUUCCUUCCUGAGAACCUUCCAAAGAGUGAAAAUGCUCUCUUCAACCCCUCAGCUCAAAACACUAAUAGCAUACGUGUAGGAUCUUCUUCCAGCACUAGAAGAAAUAGCUCUGUGAUUUAUAGCCCUCCAGAAAUUGAAAGAAUAUUUUCUACAGUCAUCAAACUGAGAAGCAUUGUUGAAAAUCAUAAUGCAAAAUUGGCUUUAGGUGGAUAUAGCAUCUCUACAAAAGUAGUCGUUUGGUUUGAUAAGUUCGAACCAAAGAGAUUUCUUAGUUUUAUUAGAAAAGACCCUUCUAACUUUGAAAGGCAGUCAAAAACCAAAGGCUUAUUUGACUUAACUCUAAGAAAGCCUAUCACCUUAUUCUCAUUCCAGUAUAUGAUACAACAAUUAUUGGCGAUUAGGCCCUCAACAAUCGCCCAUAAUGAAAGAAAACUUAUAGAGACCUACCAAUUUCCUUCAAAGAAAGACGACCAUCGAAAAUUCUCAAUGGACCCAACUGCUCUUACUUCUCCAGGUAUAAAUUCAUCUCAAGAAUCAAGAUGCUCUUCCUUAGAUACAACAUCCAUUGCUCAUUCUAGCUUCUCUCAGGACAAGUCAAUACCUGAAAUCGAAGAAGAAAAGACAAUUAAUUUGAAAGUUCUUGUGGCUGAUGACAACAAUAUUAACAGAAAUGUGAUGCUAAAAAUUUUAGGAGGACUUUCAGGAAAUUCAGAUAUGGAAAGUCAAAUAUCAGAAAUCAAGAAUUGUCCUUGCAAGCUCCUAGUUCGUACCAAAGGAGCUGUGAACGGUAAAGAAGCAUACGAUGAAUUUAUUCAACAUUUUAACACGCCAAACAAAUAUGAUGCCGUUAUUCUAGAUGUUCACAUGGACGUGAUGAGUGGAUUGGAAUGUGCCCAAAAAAUUAGACAAUUCGAAUCAGAGCACAAGGCUAAACCUUGUGUUUUAAUUGGAGCCACAGGAGAUAGUGAUGGAGAGCAUAUUUGCAAACAAGCUGGAAUGAAUCUUGUUUGUUUGAAGCCAAUCUCUCAAACACAAAUACGAAAUGUGGUGAAACAUGUCAUUGAAGACUUGUGA